AUGGCUGAUUUCAAGGACGACCUCCCGCCCCAAAAGAUCGUGGCCACCCUUCUCAACCAGUUCCCGUAUGGUGCAAGAUGGCUCUACUGGCUUUCCGUCAUUGUGUUCUGCUUGAACAUCGGCCUCUUCGGGUUCUUCAUCUUCGUGUCCAUUCUCCAAUUUGUUCUGUUUCCCAAGGUGUGGAUCACCAUCAUCGAGCGACCCAACCAAGCACUCUUCCUGAGCUGCAUACCAGUGAGUCUCGGGACUAUCGUCAAUAUGAUGGUGCUCGUGUGUGCUCCGUCGUGGGGGAAAUGGGUCGUCUACCUCGCAUGGGGGUUAUGGAUGGCCGAUGCAGUCUUGUCACUGGUGUGUGCCUUGGUUCUACCAUUUCUGCUCGUCAUCAAACGAGAAGAGGAGGCACCCCUCUCGACGAUGACUGCUCUCCAGAUAUUCCCCGUCAUUGGAACAGUGGUCGCAUCCGCCACCGCGGCUUUGGUUGCCGGCGUGCUACCCAACGACGAGCAAGCUUUGGUCACGGUCAUCAUCGGCUACAUUCUUUGGGGGGUCGGCGUCCCUGCCGCGACGUUCAUUCUCAUCACCUACUGGCAGCGCUUGACAAUCCAUAAACUCCCGCCCCGCGAGGUCAUUGUGUCCUGUUUCGUUCCGCUGGGCCCGUUAAACAUGGGCGGUUUUGCUAUUAUGAAGCUUGGUUCCGUUGCGAUGAAAGUGUUCCCCGUGACCAAGACCAUCCAUCCGCUGGCGGGAGAUUUGGCAUACAAUUUUGGAGUGCUCUUAUCCUUGGUCUUGUGGGGGUUUACUUUGCUGUGGCUCUUUCUCGCCGUGGCAACGAUAUACCACUGCAAGCGUUUCCCGUUCAAUAUCGGCUGGUGGGGGUUCACUUUCCCGAUCGGCACAUUCGCUCUUUCGAGCAAUACACUCGCCAUAGAUAUACCAUCGCGAUUUUUCCGAGUCAUUGGAUCUAUAAUAUCGGUGUGCGUAUUCUUGCUCUGGUUAUUUGUCGUUUACGUCACCCUCAGAGAUCUCAUCACGGGGGGGAAGCGACUUUUCAAAAUCCCGACGAGAGCCGUGCCCAUUGUCGACGAUAAAGCGCGCGACAAGUUGGAUAGUGAGGCGGAGGGCAAGCUUGUGUGA